GUGCUACAUCUGUAUUGUGACACUUGCUCUGUGCCCAUUUGUCGAGAGUGCACGCUGGGCCGGCACGGGGGCCACAGUUUCAUCUACCUCCAGGAUGCGCUGCAGGAUUCAAGGGCACUCACCAUCCAGCUGCUGGCUGAUGCCCAGCAGGGCCGCCAGGCAAUCCAGCUGAGCAUCGAACAGGCCCAGACUGUGGCAGAACAGGUGGAAAUGAAGGCGAAGGUGGUCCAGUCGGAAGUCAAAGCUGUGACAGCUCGGCAUAAGAAGGCUCUGGAGGAGCGGGAGUGCGAGCUGCUGUGGAAGGUAGAGAAGAUCCGCCAGGUAAAGGCCAAGUCCCUGUACCUGCAGGUGGAGAAGCUGAGACAGAAUCUCAACAAGCUGGAGAGCACCAUCAGUGCAGUCCAGCAGGUUCUGGAGGAGGGCCGGGCCCUAGACAUUCUGCUGGCCCGAGACCGGAUGCUGGCCCAGGUGCAGGAGCUUAAAACUGUGCGGAGCCUCUUGCAGCCCCAGGAAGACGAUAGGGUCAUGUUCACACCCCCUGAUCAGGCCCUGUACCUCGCCAUCAAGUCCUUCGGCUUUGUCAGCAGUGGGGCCUUUGCCCCACUCACUAAGGCCACAGGAGAUGGCCUCAAGCGGGCCCUCCAGGGUAAGGUAGCCUCCUUUACUGUCAUGGGCUAUGACCAUGACGGUGAGCCCCGCCUCUCAGGAGGCGACUUGAUGACAGCUGUGGUCCUGGGCCCCGAUGGCAACCUGUUCGGUGCCGAAGUGAGUGAUCAGCAGAAUGGGACUUACGUGGUGAGCUACCGGCCUCAGCUUGAAGGUGAACACCUGGUGUCAGUGACCCUGUGCAACCAGCAUAUUGAGAACAGCCCCUUCAAGGUCAUGGUCAAGUCAGGCCGCAGCUAUGUGGGUAUCGGGCUUCCUGGCCUGAGCUUCGGCAGUGAGGGUGACAGCGAGGGCAAGCUCUGUCGGCCCUGGGGAGUGAGUGUGGAUAAGGAGGGUUACAUCAUCGUCGCUGACCGCAGCAAUAACCGCAUCCAGGUAUUCAAGCCCUGUGGCUCCUUCCACCACAAGUUUGGCACCCUGGGCUCCCGGCCUGGGCAGUUCGACCGACCAGCCGGCGUGGCCUGUGAUGCCUCUCGCAGGAUCGUGGUGGCCGACAAAGACAAUCAUCGCAUCCAGAUCUUCACCUUCGAGGGCCAGUUCCUCCUCAAGUUUGGUGAGAAAGGAACCAAGAACGGGCAGUUUAACUACCCUUGGGAUGUAGCCGUGAAUUCUGAGGGCAAGAUCCUGGUUUCAGAUACCCGGAACCACCGCAUCCAGCUGUUUGGGCCUGAUGGGAUCUUCCUGAAUAAGUAUGGCUUCGAGGGGGCUCUCUGGAAGCACUUUGACUCCCCAAGGGGUGUGGCUUUUAACCAUGAUGGUCACCUGGUAGUCACCGAUUUCAAUAACCACCGACUCCUGGUCAUUCACCCUGACUGCCAAUCUGCACGUUUCUUGGGCUCGGAGGGCACAGGCAAUGGGCAGUUCCUGCGCCCACAGGGUGUGGCUGUGGACCAGGAAGGGCGCAUCAUCGUAGCUGAUUCCAGAAACCACCGGGUGCAGAUGUUUGAGGCCAAUGGCAGCUUCCUGUGCAAGUUUGGUGCUCAAGGCAGUGGUUUUGGGCAGAUGGACCGCCCUUCAGGGAUCGCAGUCACCCCCGAUGGGAUGAUUGUCGUGGUGGACUUUGGCAACAAUCGAAUCCUCAUCUUCUAA